AUGAAAACCUUCCUGCUUGCAGUUGCUGCUGUGCAGAUCUUCUCCUGCUCAGGAGUGCCAAGCACCAAGGAAGCCCUGAGAGCCUCAGUUAUAAAGCUGAAUGAAAUGACUGAGAUCCCCAACCUCUGUGGUAUCACCAGGAGAGGAGUGACAAAUACAUAUCACACAGGUAAACUGUCCUACAGCAUGGAUUUAACAUUCUCUGUGAAAGAAACUGUCUGCUCCAAGAAUUCUGGACAGGAAUUUGAUGAUCCCAGCUGCUCCUUCCGCCAUAAAAACAUAGCGGAGAAAGGGUUUUGCAAAAGCCAUGUGGAAUUUUUUGCUGAUAAGGUAGCUGAUGUCGAAGUGGAGUGUGACGGUCUGACGACAGCUGACAGCGAGAGUGACUCAACAGAAUCAAGUGAAAACAGUAUUGAGGCACAAAGCAUAUCAGAAGAAACAUCACUUGAGGAAACCUCAGAUGUAGAGAGAAAGUCAAAUGAGACAUCAGUUGAGGAGUCUUCCGAUAUGAAAAGCAAGUCAACGGAAUUAUCAUCGGAGCUGUCUUCAAAUGAACAAAAUGAGGACUCGAGAGCCCAGCACUAACCACGAAUGAAACUCCACAGAGUCUGAACUCAAUGUGAACACAAGAAAACCUCAUUCAGAAUAUAUAAAAUGUUAACAAUUGUACUGUACCUACUG